AUGAAUAAUCCAUCUUUUGAAGCAAUAUUGACAGAUGUUGAAGGAACAACUACUUCCAUUGACUUUGUAAAGAAUGUUCUUUUUCCGUUUUCUUUUGAACAUGCUGGGAAUUUUAUUCAAAAACUUGUAGUUGAAAAACGUGAAACAGAACAUCAAAAAAUACUUGAUGAUUUAAUAAAAACAUCAAAUGAACAUGCAGAGGAAAGCUCCGAAGUUUUAUUAAUUCAAUCAAACGAUAAAUUUGAAAUUCAAAUUUCCAAAUUAACUUCCAAUGUUUUAUUAUGGAUAAAACAAGAUAAAAAGUAUACAGCUUUAAAAAAUUUGCAAGGACUUAUUUGGGAAGAUGGCUACAAAAGUGGAUUAAUUAAAGCACAGUUUUUCAUAUCAUCUCAUUUUGACACAACUAUUGGCCCUAAAUUCGAGAAGGAAAGUUAUCAGCGCAUUGUAGAACAGAUUGGAAUUGCUCCAAACAAAAUCCUUUUUCUUACUGACAUUGAAAAAGAAGCUUUUGCGGCAAAAGAUGCUGGUCUUCAAGUUCGUUUAGCUUUACGUCCAGGAAAUGCUCCUCUUAGUGAAAGUGCACUUAAAGAAUUUACAACAUUUUCUAGUUUUGAAGAAAUUAUUUAA